AUGUCGUCUCCGCCGCGCAAGCGAACUGCUCGCUCCGGCUCCGCCGUUUCCUCGCAGUCGAGACCUGCACCGCCCUCGUCUUCUGCCCCUCGAAGCAUGAGAGAAAAUGAAGAGCCUGGUGGGCUGGCGAUAGGUGAUCGACCACAUAUCACUCGUCGAGGGCGCAGCAGCUCAGUGACAAGCCAAUCUCUUGCCAAAACCCCCGCCCGUUCUUUCUAUCAUAGAUCCUUUCGCGGCCAACGUGAUCAGGCUCAAUACUCUACCGAGGGUCUCAAAGAGCAGACCGCGCAAUUAGCAUCCUAUAAUCUCCACGACGACAGUCCCUUCCUCGGCAGCUCCCCUCCAGGCUCCCCUCUAGCGCCUGAGGACUUGCAUAUCGACGCCAUCCCCGAGGUCUCCGAGCCUGUGACGCCUGACGGAGCACAUCAUGAAGGCGAUCCUUCCCUGUCAGCACUGACCAGCAUGCUUCAUUCGGACGACGAGGGGGCACGACAGUCGGCGUGGAACAGCACUGAAGAGAGGAACGAUCACGCUCGAGCGUCACUUGAGUCAAACGGCCACGAAGUCAACGAACACACCUCGCUAUUGGGCGAUAGAAAAGCCUCUGGUGCCUACGGAGACCUUGCAGACGUGGAACGCCAGCACAAUGAGAGAGUUCAGGUGUCGAUGUGGCGUAAACCGGUCGACAAGCUCCGCACGUGUGGCUACAACCUCGUGCACCCCAAGACAUGGAGUGGGAAAGCCAUCGUGAGGCAGGUUGUCGUCCGACCUGUGAAGCUGUUGCCCGCUGUCAUUCUAGGUCUCCUUCUCAACAUUUUGGAUGCCUUAUCUUAUGGCAUGAUCUUGUUCCCCCUCGGUAAUGCCAUGUUCGACGAUCUUGGUCCGGAUGGAAUUGCGAUGUUCUACGUUUCCACCAUCGUGGCCCAAGUCACAUAUUCGGCGGGCGGGUCGAUCUUCAAAGGAGGCAUCGGCUCCGAGAUGAUUGAGGUCGUCCCUUUCAUGCACAAGAUGGCUUUCACUAUCCUCAACAAGGUUGGUGAGGAUAACCCAAAGUCAGUCCUAGCUACCACCAUCCUCGCCUUUUCUGUGAGCUCGGUGUUGACGGGCAUUGUCUUCUUUUUACUUGGAGCUUGCAGGUUGGGCUCUUUGAUUGGCUUCUUCCCACGCCACAUUCUCAUAGGAUGUAUUGGUGGCGUGGGCUUCUUCCUGUUUGUCACUGGGAUUGAAGUAUCGGCUCGGCUGCCGGGCAACUUGAACUAUAAUCUGGAUACGCUGCGACAGUUGUUCCAAGGUGACACCGUCGGUCUAUGGAUACUACCCUUCGGACUCGCAUUAAUACUUAAAACCACUCAGCAUUUCGUCAAGUCCGAGAUGUUGGUAGGCGGCUACUUCAUCGGAGUAGCUGUCUUGUUUUACGUCUUCAAGUUCGCCCUUCACCUUCCGAUGGAGACAUUGCAUUCCCAGGGCUGGGUGUUCGAUAGUCCUCCGGCAGGCAACCCCUGGUAUCACUUCUGGACGUUGUAUGACCUCAAAGCUGUCGAUUGGGCGGCGUUCGGUGAAACGAUACCGGCCAUGUUUGCAUUGACUUUCUUUGGCCUAUUGCAUGUGCCAAUCAAUGUCCCUGCUCUGGGUAUCGCAACAAAUGAGGAUAAUCUCAACGUCGACCGUGAGCUCAUCGCGCACGGCAUAUCCAAUUCUCUUUCUGGACUAUUCGGCAGUGUCCAAAACUACCUCGUCUACACCAACAGUCUACUCUUCAUGGACAGUGGAGGAUCAGAUCGACUUGCUGGCCUCUUACUUGCCGCCGCCACCGCCGGUGUGCUUGUUGCCGGCCCCGCUGUGAUAGGCUAUAUUCCAGUCUGUGUGGUUGGAGCCCUUAUUUUCCUGCUGGGCAUUGAACUGCUAGAAGAAGCACUCUGGCAGACGUGGGGUAAAGUGCAGCGGCUAGAAUACCUCACCAUUCUCGUUAUUGUCGUCACGAUGGGCGUGUGGGAUUUCGUCAUCGGCAUCUUCAUUGGCAUCAUCUUGGCUGCGCUGAAUUUCGUGGUGCAGACCUCCCGUAGGACCGCCAUCCGAGCGACGUACUCAGGAGAGAUUGCCAACUCGACAGUCAGAAGAGCCCCGCUACAGCAUCGAUUUCUCAAAGAAGCUGGGCGGCAGAUGUUUCUCAUCAAGCUCUCUGGCUUUCUGUUCUUUGGGACCAUCGUCGGUGUCGAAAAUCGCAUUCGAGCUCUCCUGGAAGAUGAAGCAUUCGAAGAGCGACCUCUUCGCUUCCUGAUUCUCGACAUGGCCAGCAUCAACGGCAUCGACUAUUCGGCGGCCGAAGCCUUUACGCGUAUCAAUCGGCUGUUGCAAAAACGAGGUGUCGUCUUCUGUGUCAGUGGCAUUGACUUGAAAGGGCAAAUCGGCCAUGCUCUUGAAAGUGUCGGUCUUUUUGAUGACGAGCUUGAUGUGCGGCGUUUUCAGGGUCUCAAUGAAGCUCUGGAAAGCUGCGAAAACGAAUUGUUGAAGAGCCUCCUUAGACAUCAGACUAAGAGAGGCUCCCAUCAACGCAUCGGGACGACUCACCUUGAUGUGCCGCGGCCGCGCGGAUCCGAGCUUUCGUCGUCAGUUCAGACGGAGUUCAUGAUUAGCUCACCACGAAGGAAUCAGCUCCAAAGAGUAGCAGAGACCGCGGUCGAAGAAGUUCCCACAUCCGCGUCUAAGUGGCAGGAUUUUCAGCAGCCACUGCCUCUGUUGCUGGAAAUCUUUGAGGGUAUGACAACCAGAGCUGAAGACUUUUGGUAUAAAGCUGGACCGUACUUUGAGCGUCGGACAUUGCCUCGAGGCACUGUUCUCUUCGAGCCCGGCGACCUACCAAAUGGAUUUUACCUGCUGGAAGAUGGCUUGAUGCGGGGAGAUUACGAUCUACCGCAGGGCCAAUUCUCGGAGUUGAUCGUCCGCGGGCGACCAUUUGGAGAGUUGCCGUUCUUCUCGCAAACACCACGCACCGCGAGGAUGACUGCGGACAAGGACUCGAUCGUGUGGCAACUGUCUGCAGAUCGGUGGAAAGAGCUUCAAACCGAGCAGCCAGAGUUGGCCCAGGAGCUACUAAAGCUCAGCUUGAAAUUGACAAAGGAGAGGAUGGAUGUCAUUACCUCCUACGUCCUGACGACUGCUGCAUGA